AUGCAUCUCCAAGAUCCGGAAAGAUAUGGUGCUCAAGGCAUCUCCAAGCACCCUCAGAACGAGGUGAUCGAUCAGGACCAGUCCAGCGAGGAUGUUCCUAACGAGGCAGCCCAAGACGGUGUCACACAGGCCGAGGCCAUCACACUGUCAUGGAACAAGACCUCCAUGAUCGCAACUUAUGCCUUGAUGUGGUCCAUUUACUGCGUGAACGCUUUCCAGUCCAACAUUACUGGCAACCUUAGUGCCUAUAUCACAUCUGGAUUCGAGGCGCAUUCCCUGCUUCCGGUCAUCUCGAUCAUCUCUUCCAUCAUGGGAGCUGCAACCUACAUGCCCCUUGCCAAAGUAUUGAACUUGUGGGAUCGUACCGUCGGUCUCAUCAUCAUGCUCGUCUUUUUCCUUCUUGGAUUGAUUCUGGCCGCAACUUGCAACGACAUUGGAACCUACUGUGCUUCUCAGGUCUUCUACGCCAUUGGUUCAGCCGGUCUUAUCUUCUGUGUUGACGUUGUCACCAUCGAUACUUCUACACUUCGCAGCAGAGGUCUCGCCUACGCUUUGACUUCAUCUCCGUUUAUCAUCACCGCCUACGCUGGUCCCGCCGCUGCUGAGCAGUUCUACGACACCAACUGGCGCUGGGGAUACGGAACCUUCUGUAUCGUCCUGCCUGCCGUUGUUCUUCCCUUCUUCGGUCUGCUGCGCUACUUCAAGUCCAAGGCCAAGAAAAACGGCCUUCUCAAGGACAAGCCCAAGAGUGGCAGAACCUUCAAGGAAAAUGUAUGGUACUACAUCAUCGAGUUCGAUGUUCUUGGCGUUUUCCUUCUCACAGCUGGUCUUGCUCUCUUCCUUCUCCCCUUCACUAUUGCUGGCUCCGCCGAAGAUGACUGGAAGUCUGCUCACAUCAUUGUCAUGCUUGUCAUUGGUUUCUGCUGUCUGAUUGCCUUUGCUCUGGCCGAACGCUUCCUUGCACCCGUGCCUUUCCUUCCCUGGGAGCUUCUCGCCAACAGAACUGUCAUCGGCGCCUGUUUAAUCGAUGCCACCUACCAGAUCUCCUACUACUGCUGGUAUGAUUACUUCACCUCGUACCUCCAGGUCGUUUUCGGUACUAGCCUUGCCACUGCUGGUUACAUUGCCAGUAUUUUCGACGUUGUCUCUGGUGUUUGGCUCUUCUGUGUUGGCUUCGCCAUCAAGGGCUCCCGUCGCUUCCGCUGGCUCCUCUGGAUUGCCGUCCCUCUCUACAUUCUCGGAAUUGGUCUGAUGAUCUACUUCCGUAGACCUCAUUUCUCUGUCGGCUACACAAUCAUGUGCCAGAUCUUCAUCGCAUUUGCCGGCGGUACCAUGAUCAUCUGCCAGCAGGUUGCUGUUCUGUCCGCAUCCGACCACAACAACGCUGCUGCCGCCCUCGCUUUCUUGAACGUUUUCGGUAACAUUGGUGGUGGUAUCGGUGGCUCUAUCUCUGGUGCCGUCUGGACUCACACCAUGCCCGACGCCCUCCAGAAGUACCUUCCUGCUGAGGCACUCGCCGAUUGGGAGACCAUCUACGAGGAUCUUGCUACUCAACUCAGCUACCCAAUGGGCGACCCCGUUCGUGAGGCCAUCAUCAAGGCUUAUGCAGUGGCUCAGAGCAGAAUGUUGAUCGCUGGUACUUGUAUCAUGGCAACUUCUCUCAUCUGGAUGUUCAUCAUCAAGGACGUCAAGCUCACCAAGACCCAGACCAAGGGUGUCUUGUUCUAA